AUGAAUACCUUUUAUUUAUCCCCCAAGUUUCUUCCCACACUGGAUAAACGUGUUUAUAUAGGAGGUCUUUCUAAAGACAUAGUUGAAAAGGACUUGGAAGUUCGCUUAAGUGCUUUUGGAGUCGUAACAAAUGUAGACAUCAUACGUCAGCCUACAGGAGAGUGUCGUGGUUUUGCCUAUAUUACGUUAAAGACGACUGAUAAUGACUGGAAAAAAUGUGUUUCUCUCUUCAAUGGGGCUAAGUGGAAAGGAAUGACGUUAAAGGUUCAGGAGGCGAAACUUGAUUAUAAACAAAGGUUAAAUGAAGAGUGGGAAAUUCAAAAAGCUUUAGAAGAAAAGGCUAAAGUUUCCCUACCGCGUAAAAAACGUGGACGGGAUCGUUCUUUCGAAUUAGCUGAAGAUAUGAGUCUGGUAACUGAUAGCAGUGCCGAGACAAGAAAGGGUUGGAAAAAAUUAAAGUAUGGUCGUGUUGCAUCGGUUAUGCGAUUAAAAAAGGAUGACAAAACAAGGGUAACGAUUGAUCCGAGUCACUAUAAAGACAAUCUUUUGAAAUUGUCUGAUAAAGAUAUGGUUGUUAAACCGAAAUCACUCGCUCGAUUACCGUAUUUUUAUGAGGAAUAUGUAACUAUCGAAGAGAAACAACAACCCUUUAGAAAUUUUAAUAAUGAAAUGAAAUUGGACGAGAACAAAACUCAAGUAGAUUCUUAUGAGAAAUUAGACAAUGAAUCAAAAAUAAAUUUCGCAUCAUUUUUUCCAAAAGUUGACAUUACAAUUACCAACACAGCACCUAUGGUUACCCAAACUCAGUUGCCGCCCUCAAUUAUUGAUGAUUUUAAAAAGUUGAAAUUGGAAAAAGAAAAGAAUAAGAAUCUAUCGAAACCAGAACAAUCUAAUCUGGAAGCACUAAGGCAACGGUCGGAAGAAAAACGUGUAGAAAAAAAAAAUAUUACGCAAGCGUUAAGAGCAGAUGCUGCGUCAAACGUAAUUGACAAGAAUAAGAAUCUAUCGAAACAAGAACAAUCUAAUUUAAUUCGUUUGGAAGCGCUAAGGCAACGUGCGGAAGAAAAACGCGUUGAAAAAGAAAAGAUUACGCAAGCGUUAAGAGCAGAGACUGCGUCAAAUAAUACUAAACAUAUAGUAUUUAGUGAUGAUGAUGAACAGAAAAACGUGGAAUCACAUACAAUGAACCUAUUUGAUUCAGAUGAAUCUGAUCAAGAACCAGUAGGAUCAACAAAUAUAGCGAUAAAUCCAAUUUUUGAGGGUUCUUCGGGACGUGAUUAUCUUAAUUUACAAAGGAAGUUUCAGGAAGAAAGGGGAAAUCAAUUUGAUAUCUUGAAAGAAAUAUUUGGAGACAAUAUGAAACCCGAAAAGUCGAAAAGAAAAGAAACCCAAUGGAGAGAAAUAGUUCAUUUUGAUCCUGACGUUUCAGAAGCGAAAUCAUUAGAAGUUCAAAGGCAAGAAAUUAAUGAUUUACCAAUAUCAAAAGAUGUAAAGAUAGAAAUUAAUUCCGAUUUGAAAGGAAUAUUCGCUCCUCGAACUUCAACCGCUAUACAUUCAUUCUCGCUUUUUGAUGAUGACGAGAAUAAAAGUGAAACGGAUGAUAUGCAAAUGCAAGAAAAUACUAACGAGAACGGGCCAACUUUGAUUAGCAAAAAGUCUCCAACCAUAACGGACAGUGUGUCAGAUCAGAAGACGCAGGUUUCUUCGGGACCAUUAUUCUUUUUCCAUUUUGGAGACAAUGAAUUAUCAAAAAGAUCACAUUUUAGGGAAAUGAAGAUAUUCAUGCGGAUGUCACCCGCUGAAAAAAUAAUAUCUCACUGGCAAGAAACUUCGCGUGAUUUGACAAAAGAAUAUAAACGUAAACAUAAAUCAGAUAAACUUAACCAAAUAAAAGAUGGUGCUAUUGAUGUCGAGAGAUUAUCGGAUCCAUCAAAAAUCGAAGAUCUGAAACUUGAAGGAACAAAAUAUUUCACAGAGGAUCUUGAUUUCAAUGGCAAAACCAUCAUCGUUAUUUUUCAAACAAAAAGUAUGAGAUCAAUCAAGAAAGGGAUCUUCGAUAUGCCUCAUAUAUGA